AGAUGCCAGGCCCCGUCGUCGACGAAGUGAAGGUUGAGGAGCAGUUGAUGGAUGCCAUCAAAGAGCAAAUGAAGCUCGAGAAGGAAAAUGAUGUUGUCGUUGAGGAUGUCAAAGACGGAGAUGAUGAGGACGAUGAGGACGACGACGACGAUGACAACGUCGAUGGAGCUGGUGAGAAUGAGAGCUCCAAGCAAAGCAGAAGCGAGAAGAAAAGCCGCAAAGCAAUGCUCAAACUUGGAAUGAAACCCGUCACUGAUGUUAGCAGAGUCACAAUCAAGAGAUCAAAGAAUGUUUUGUUUGUGAUCUCGAAGCCGGAUGUGUUCAAGAGCCCCAACUCUGACACCUAUGUCAUAUUCGGUGAGGCCAAGAUUGAUGAUAUGAGCUCUCAGCUACAAGCUCAAGCUGCUCAGAGGUUCAAGAUGCCAGACGUUGCUUCUAUGAUCCCUAACGCUGAUGCUUCUGAAGCAGCCGCUGUUGCACAAGAGGAAGAGGACGAUGAAGAUGUUGAUGAGACUGGUGUUGAAGCCAAGGAUGUUGAGCUCGUGAUGACUCAAGCUGGUGUCUCCAAGGCCAAAGCUACCAAGGCUCUUAAGGCCAAUGAUGGAGAUAUUGUGUCUGCGAUUAUGGAACUCACUACAUAGGUUGAGAGUUUCUCGUAAUGGUUCUUGUUUCUUAUUUCACUUCUCAUUUCUCGAACGUUGUUUGUGUUUCUUCUCCACUUUUGAAGGCUUUUUUCGCUUAUAAUAUGAGGCAUUUAUGUCUAAUGUUGUAAGACACUUUAGAAUGUCUACGUUUUGAUAAAACUCCAACUGAAUUCAAU